CACAGGAUGUCAGGAAGGCGUACAUCUCAGGUCUGGACUCACAGAUUAGUCCACAGGAAAUUCCCUUAGCUUUAGCUUUUCGAAUAAUACAAAGACGACUACGGCAUGGGCAGGUGUGUCUGGAGAGUACCAGUGCGGUGACCAGAGUGUGAGACAUAUAGAGGCUUCUACCUGGUGCUUACUGAGUAGGCAAGGAUGCACUGUUUGGCUCUCAUCCUGUAUUCCAUGUUACUGCCUGAUUCCGCUUUCACCGGCCUCCCUGCUCCGCUGAAUGUUUCUGUCAUCUCUGUUAACUUCCACCAUGUCAUGCGGUGGGAUCCUGGACCUGGCACCCCACCAGGUACACAGUACAUGGUUUUCACAAGGGUCUACGGGGAUAAUUAUAAACAGGAACUGAACUCAACGACAACAUCAUUAAAGCUGGAGCUAAGCAACAAUUUCAUUUAUCAACUGACUGUCCAGGCAUACUGCAACCAAACCUUGUCUCCUGUGUCCGACAAAUACACUUUCAGCCCAUACAGAGACACCACAAUAGGUCCUCCAGAGGUCUCACUUGCUGGAUGUGGCAACUGCAUACAAAUCAACAUGUCGUUGCCAGAGGCCGACAGGAGCUCAGGAAUUGAUGAUAUUCAGAAAUUCUACUAUUCCAAUUUCAGAGUUGUUUGCAAGAGGGGAAAAACAGAAGUGGGGUCCUACAUCAUACAAAACAAGAGUUUUACUCUUCAUAACCUUAACAGAGGUGAGGAGUACUGUGUACAAGUACACACAGAGAUUUUCUUAAACAAAAACACUGAGCCAUCCUCUUUGAAAUGCAUCUUCACCAGCACCGUGGAACAGCGAAAAGACCCUGUUGUUUUAGGUGUAGUUGCUGUUCUUCUGAUAUUUUUCGUGGGUGUCUUCAUAACCAUCAUGUCCUGCCUGUACUACACUGGAUUCCUUUGUAAACUGAAGGAUCUGCCUACAGUACUAAUGGCUCUGGUCCAAGGCUACACCCUGACACCAGAGGAAACAAUCCCAGACCCAGUCUCCAUUAACUCACAGAUGGAGAAACAGAGGCAGCACAAUGAGCCCACAAUGCAAUUUCAUGCCAUGGGAAAUGAGGAUGAAGAUGAUGAGGAGGAGGAAGAGGAACAGAUAAACGUAUACAUGGACAGAGCUGCACGGUGUUCCACGGAUGAAAGUUUGUGCUUGGGUUCUGGCAACAUGUUGAUGCACAGCGAGCCAGCUGCAGCAGCAGACUGUGGGAGUUUGACAGAGAGGUUGUCAGCUGAGGUGGAGCUGUCGGAUGCAGAUGAUGGGGUUACACUUGUGGGUCUAGAUGAAGAUUUGGUCAAAGCUGCAGGAACAAAGGUUUCUCUCAUGCCUGAAGAGGGUCACAUCAGACUCCAGGGACAUGUCACAGGUGGGGAGGGGGAGGAGAAGGAGGAUGAGAUGAAGAAAGAGAAGGUGUUUGACAGCUCUGGCGAUGUCAAUCUGUUUUCAGUCACCCUUGCUGCACUGACUGUAGGAGAGGAAGAGGAAGAGGAAGAAGAACACAACGCAAAUGAGCCUUUCUCAAACUUUCUGAAACUACCUGAUCUGGAGCCUCUUCAAAGAGUCCAAAAAUGGAGUUUAAGCAACACAGACUCACAAACUCAAUCAGACGAUCAGACAACUGUGGGGUUAAUGAAAGACACACAUGAAGACUUUACUGAGACUGGGUAUGAAGGCUUGCGUGCAAACACUUCUGGCUGCAUCAAUACGCAACACGAAGAGAAACAAGAGGGAGAGGAGGGCGAUGAAAUAAUCUUUGAAUAUAUGGCACACGUGAUAUAGUAUGUGGCUCUGAUGUGUGUAGUAAGUAUGAGAAACUAUGUAUGAGUAUUUAUUAAUGUUUUUCUUCCCAGCAGGUCCAACUGAAAUACCUUAAAUGCCCCAGGACAUGAAAUAUGCAUGUUCCCAGAUCUGUAUCUCUGCGUUAUUUGCUAAAUAUGUUGUAAAAAUUAAAAUCAUAGUAUUUUUACA